UCUGACAAGGCUCUCUCUGUGCUGCCCAGCUCCUAUUCUUUGUUCAGUCUUGGGUUUCUACCACAAAUAUCUCCAGCUAGCAAUCAGACGGACAGAAAUGAAGAGCCCAGGAGACCAAGACAAUGUUUCACUUUCCCAGGGUUUUCGAGUGAUGUUUUACAUGAUGAAACCCAGUGAAACCACCUUCCAAACUGUCGAAGAGGUGCCUGAUUACGUUAAAAAGGCAACUCCAUUUUUCAUCUCCUUGAUUCUGCUUGAACUAAUCCUCAGCUGGUUUCUCAAGGGGAAGCCACCAGGUCGCCUGGAUGAUUUUCUGACAUCCAUGUCAGCUGGUGUUGUCUCUCGACUUCCAAGUCUGUUCUUCAAAAGCCUUGAAGUGACCAGCUAUGUUUAUAUCUGGGAGAACUACAGACUUUUCGAUUUGCCUUGGGAUUCUCAGUGGACAUGGUAUUUAACCUUCCUAGGAGUUGACUUUGGUUACUACUGGUUCCACCGCAUGGCCCACGAGAUUAAUAUUAUCUGGGCUGCACACCAGGCACACCACAGUUCUGAAGACUAUAACUUAAGCACAGCACUGAGACAAUCUGUCUUGCAGCCAUAUACUUCGUGGAUUUUCUACUCUCCCUUGGCCCUCUUCAUACCACCUUCAGUGUUUGCUGUUCAUAUUCAAUUCAAUCUCCUGUACCAAUUUUGGAUCCACACCGAGGUCAUCAGAAGCCUCGGUCCCUUGGAACUGGUCCUUAACACUCCCAGCCAUCACAGGGUUCAUCAUGGCAGAAAUCGUUACUGCAUAGACAAAAACUAUGCUGGCACUCUUAUUAUUUGGGAUAGAAUGUUUGGGACAUUUGAAGCUGAGAAUGAACAGGUUAUAUAUGGUCUAACGCAUCCCAUUGAUACAUUUGAACCAUUCAAAGUUCAGUUUCAUCAUUUACUCUAUAUAUGGAAUACAUUCUGGGCCACACCUGGAUUCUUUCACAAGGUUUCUGUCCUAUUUAAAGGACCAGGAUGGGGUCCAGGUAAACCAAGACUUGGCCUAAGUGAAGAAAUUCCAGAGGUUACAGGACAGGAAGUCCGCUUGUCAUCAGCAGCAUCCCAGCAAUUAAAGAUGUACACCGUCCUGCAGUUUGCAGUGAUGCUGUCAUUCUAUGAAGAGACCUUUGCAAACACAGAGGCACUGUCCCAAGUCACUCUGCUUCUAAGGGUCUUCUUCAUUCUCCUGACCUUGACAUCCAUUGGAUUCCUUUUGGAUCAAAGACCCAAGGCAGCUAUUCUGGAAACUCUUCGAUGCCUGACGUUCCUAACCCUGUUCAGAUUUGGUCACCUAAAGCCUCUUUUUCCAUCCUUAUCAUUUGUAUUCGAGAUUUUCUUUUCAGUUUGCAUUGCUUUCUGGGGAGUCAGAAGCAUGAGACAACUCACCGCAGGAUCUCGGAAGCAGCCCUAGCACACAGGUCCCUCCGUCCUUCAGGUUGUCCAUGGCAUGUCACUGCUACAUAAAGACUGUGGUCUUGCAGACACUGCCUACAGGAACUACUUAGUCAAUGGAAAUGAAAGUACGUAUUUACCCAUGCUUUCAUGCUUGUUUUAAUGUUGAAAUUAAAGUGAUUUAUACUAUUUGUGCUUACUAAAAGUCAAAUUAUUUUAUAUACGUUGAGACUGUAUUCACUUUUCUUUUCUGUAGCAAUGACCAUGGAAAGGAAAGGUUGGGCUGUAAACAUUUAAGACAUUGAAAAUUACCUUUGUCUUUCUUGGUUUGACAACUGUUUCUUUAAUGUUUGCUGAAACUAUGCCUAAAUCUCUGUAGUCUUUAAAAUGUGUUGGAGGCUGCAUGAGCUGACAUUUGUCUUUGCAAACAAUUAAUUUAUAUUGCCACAUUACUUAAAAAUACAUCAAUGUGAUUAAAAUGUUAGAAUUGGAAAGAAUUAGUUUGUGUAACAUACAUCCUUCCAAAAUGUUGAGUCAACUUGUUCCAGCAGCUUGAGGAGUACAUUAUAUUUCAUGCUAUUUCAAAUUG